GUCGUGAGGCCGCCCCUUCCGCCAGUCUUUCUUUUACCUCUUCGGCGUGAGGCGGCGGCGGUUUCUCUUCUCUCCGGCCUCCAUUUUGGCUCGGCGUGAGGCGGGUGAAACCAUGCAGCUGUUCAUUCGUGCUCAGAAUCUACACACCCUUGAGGUGUCUGGACAUGAAACAGUAUCUCAUCUUAAGGCUCGCAUCGAGUCCCUGGAGGGCAUUGCCCUUGAGGAUCAAGUGAUUCUUCUGGGUGGGAUCCCCUUGGAAAAUGAUUCCAUCAUUGGUCAAUGCGGCAUCAGUGACCUUACAACUUUGGAGGUUACUGCACGCAUGCUUGGUGGGAAGGUCCACGGAUCCCUGGCUCGUGCUGGCAAAGUGAGAGGCCAGACCCCCAAGGUUGCUAAGCAAGAAAAGAAGAAGAAGAAAACCGGGCGGGCCAAGAGGCGCAUGCAAUACAAUCGCCGAUUCGUCAACAUCGUGCCCGGCUUCGGUAAAAAGAAGGGGCCUAAUGCCAACUCCUAAAGAGCACCCAGUCAUGUAAUAAAAUCAUAUAUUUGCAACAUGGACCAUU